UUAUUUUUAUUUUGAAUUCUAAAAUAAGGUAUGAUUUUAUUUCAAUAUUUGAUUUUUGGUGUUACGUGUUGGAUUGCUAGCUUUGUGGUUAGUGAUUGGGUUGAAACUAUAUAUGGCACCAAAAUUCAAUUUCAGCAAAAGUUAGGAAAGAUCACAAUUUCAAAAAAAAACGAAUUAUCUAUUGCGUUCAAAAAUAUUGUAGAAUUAUCAGAAAAUGAAGUAACUCCAAAAGGAAUGAUAGUUCAUAGCUUCAGUAAUUUUGGAAACACAGAGUAUAAAACAAUUCAAAGUCUAGACUAUGAAUGGGUGAAUUCAAUUGAUCCUCCUCAAAAUAUAUCUGCUGCUCGAAAAAAUAUGACUGCUAAACUUGAAGGUCCUGCUGCAAAAUUUUCUGUUAAGUUUCUUAUAUUUGAAAAUCAAACAAUUAUUUCUGAUAUAAAUUCUGGUGAAAAGUAUGAAGUUUUCAAUGGAACUGUUCAGGUAUCACUUACACUUGAACAUUGGCCUUUCUGUGGGAUUGCAGAAUCUUGUAGUUCUCUUGGCAAAUAUCUUGACUUUUAUUUACUAGUGGAGGGUCUUUUAGUUGAUCCUAAGCCAUAUGACCAACGUGGAGCUUCACUAAAUUCUAAUUUUCAACAUCCACUUACAUAUGAUUAUGGAGGAAGUGAUGUUACAUACUCCAGACAGUAUCUAUUGAACAAUACAUGGUAUUAUAUCAGAGAUUAUCCCAAAAUGAUAAAACAAGACAAUCAAAACGUAGUUGUUGUGCGAUUCCCAAUAUUUAAGACCCCCAUUACUUACAAGUUCAUGGUUAACACAAGCUCCUAUAAUUUUACAGCUAUGAAAAGUUCUUCUCUUAAAAGGAAGAAUUUUGAAUUUGUGUUUGGUUUGCUGUUUAUUGCCCUAAUUUUUUAGCAUAAUAUUUUUAAAUAAAUGGCGUUUAGUUGUUUUUCUAAAGUAAUGAAUAUUGCAUCAAAAAAUACCCACUAUUUUUGUAAUACGGUUUUUAAUAAGUUAUGCAAUUCUCAACUGAAUAAUAUGAAAAGUUAUUUUUCCACUGCUAUGGCAACUAUUCAACCUAUCGAUGAUAAAACUACUGAUUAUGGGAAAAUUUUAGAAACUGUUAAAAAAUGCUCUUCUCAAGAUAUUUCAGAUAACAAAGUGUUUGCAGUAGUACACAUUGGUGGUAAACAAUUUAAAAUAGCAAGCAAUGAUGUCAUAAUGAUUCAUAAAAAAAUAGAAGCUGAGUGCGGUGAUAUUAUACGACUAGAAAAAGUUUUGGCAAUUGGGGGGCGCAACUUUACUCUUAUUGGUCAGCCCCUUUUAAAACGUGACUUGGCAACUGUUGAAGGUGUUGUAGUUGAAAAGACCAAAGGUGAAAAAAAAAUUGCAUUUAAAAAAAAGCGUAGAAAGAA